AUGGCGGCCAGUCGAAUAAAUCCGAAUCAACCUUCCAUCCGCCUCUCCCCCUCCCACUCUCGAAAUGACUCGCGCUCAACCUCCCUUGAAAGAAUCCCUGGCUCCAUCUACCAGCAACUCGACCCUCUCCUCAGCAACCUCUCUCCCGAAUCAACUCUCCAAGCCCUCACAUCGACCGACGCAGUCCCUUUGAACGAACAAGCCGCUCAUGAUAUCCUCUCGCGAAGCAUCUCCCAGGUGUCGCCGUCAGAACGCGCCCUAGGGAUACGCGCGGCGGUAGCUGCCCAGAACUUGAACUUGUGGCACAAAGAGGUCCAAUCAUGGAAUUGGCCAAGUCAACGCGACGCGAUGGUUGGGAUGGGUUUCAUUCCUCCAUCUGAGUCGCACUCUGGGGAAAAUCCCAUCCCUUCGGGGCUCUUAGCUCCCCCUAGUAACACCCAGGCAAGUUACUAUGGGAGCUUGUUAGCCAGCGUGGUCGAAGGAUACGAGAGGAGAGCCGAUGAAAUCCGCGAUGGGAUGGACGAUCUUAACGUGGAAGAAUUAAAGGAACACGUUUUGAAUGCCCACAUUCCAUCCAGGUCUCGGCCCUCGUCCGCCACAAGCUGUGUGUCUGUGCCUCCGCCGCUUAGCUAUGUACAGCUGAGUGACUUCACAGCUGUUAUUACCGCCACCAUUCUCCGAGCUCUCCCAUAUCUGUCGCGACUAAAUGCCUUACUUGCCACUUGGGAAGUUCGCAUCUUUGUCCUACGCCAAAUUCCUGGUCUGCUUAGAGAGCUGAGCUUGACCCGCUCCGCCCUUGACUCGUCCCUCCACGCCUUGCGAACCCCACAUUCUUCUGCCUCCGACCCGAGCGAAUUCUCCGAUGCAUCCUUAGCUGCCGAUCAUAUUAAACUGGAGUCCGCAGUUGUGGGUGUGGGGAGGCGGAUGGACCGGGUUCUCGACGCGUUAGAGGGUCGUCCGGAUUCUUUGCCCGAACAAUGGAUUGAUGACUUAGAAACCAUUGAGUCUGACUUUGCUGUAUGGGUGGUGGAGGCUGAUAAAUACAAGGUUCGCAACGCGUGGUUGCGCUCAAAAGCCGAGUCUGAAAUGGCGGAGAUGCACGCAGCCGACCUCCAGCGCGCAGAGUCAUUGAAGGAAACACGGCAGGACCCAACACCCGAUAUAGCUGUAUCGAAACCUGCGGAUGAUCUCGAUUCUCCUGCGGCCCAGGCUGUCGAACAUCAGCCUGAACUUCAGUGUGGCCUUGAACUCUCGUCCGGUGAUGCAAGGCCAAUUAGCCCACAAUCUGUGGAACAAUCAAUGGAGCCUCUCGAAGAGACGCCUCUUCCUGCAGACUGUGUGGAAGGAGACGCUUCGCCAAACCUACAACUCUCGAUACCUCUAUUGAAGUCUCCAAUCGAAGAGAAACAAGAACAUCUUACACCCGUGGUCGUGGCAGAGGACCUAGACACACCAACACAGUCCGACUUUCCGCCAGCUCCUGCGAUCAAUCGGCAGCCCUUUCCGGCUAUUGCACAUACGCCCUGCGCAAUUGACCGCACCUUGGAAAACAAGGAAAAUAUUCCUCCGCCCGGCUUCCAACAGCUUGACGGAGCUGUGUCACCCCCCAGCCAAGCUUCGGCAAGAACGAGUCCAUUGUCCGAGCGUAGUGCUCUGGCCGAAGAUCCUUUCAUUCAAGAUUCCCCUGCGACUGAAAUGGAAGUUCAACUUCCUGAGGUUGUCGUUUCUGCCGGCGUACCUGCCGCGGAAGAGCUGAAUGCCCCCGCAGGUUGUAAAGACUUGCCCCGUGAUACCGUGGUCAAUGAAAGACAAAAUACCACUGCUGAGGAGGUAAAACAACCCUCUCCACAGUCCAAAUCAACCGACGGCAAUCCCGAGCCUAAAAUUGCCACUUCUCCUGUUUCCCAAGAUCCUGGAUCCCUGAAUGGGCCAAGUGAACAGAGCCAGUGUGAUACUCCAGUAGUAGCAACUAUUUCUCCGGUCCUCACACCAAACAGGUCAGAAAUCCGAGUGCCGAAAUCGAGAGCGUCUGGCAGGGUUUCCCAAAUACCCAUGCUUGUGGCAUCACCCAAGUCAGGCUCAAACCCUACGCCCAUCAAGUCUCGCCACCCACAUAAUGAAGCGAAAGAAGAACCCUGUCAACGGACUGUUCGCAAGCCGUUACAGAGCCCUAUUAAACUUUCCAAAUUCCGCCCAGGGAAGCCUGGUCUUGACAAAGAUGUUACAGUAGCGCACAAAAUUACGCAUCGUCGUCGGACAUCUACCGGCUCGGUGGGCUCAUUGCUUUCAGACCAUUCUUCUCUCAUAUCCAGUCCCGAGAUACCUGAGCUGCGCACUGAUUCCUCUAGUGUAACGCCUCUUGGGACAUCAUCUCACCCCGAACCUAUACAGCCUCCUUCACAUGGGGACUAUACUUUGAGAGAGGAUCGCCUGCGUCGUUUGGAAAACCAGAAGCCUGACCCGCGCAUCAGUUUCCAACAAAGUCGCACGGUCAGCCUGCCCCUCGAGCGAUUCAUCAACGAACGCUUGGGGUUGGGCCUGGGAAGCGAGUCGGCGCCAGGUGUGGCGAGUGUGAAACCGUCCAGGACUAGGACACGCUCUGUUACAUCUACCGACUUUCCCAAACCCCCAAAGACACGAAGCAAAAUCACAUUCCAGGAUACAUCUGCAUCCAUUCCACCGGUUCCACGCCUCCCUACCGGCCGUCAUCAACUCUCCCGAGGAAAGUCUGCAAGUGACUUGAACACUCAAAAUGAGAUGGCAAAAAUAGCGGAGCGAAACAAAAAGACAUUCGGAAUGAAUUCCGCCCGAAGAGCUAUGGAACACCUUCUUCAGCCCAAGUCUGUCCGCUGGCGACAGCGACUGACUGCCCAUCCAAGUCUUGAAAGUCUGGGUGUGAAGAGACAAGAGCUGUCCUAUGUAGAAGAGCAUGAGUCCGAACCCACCGAUUUCGGGUUCCGCCCUUCCUCGCCAAACAAACACAGCAAGGAACCUCGAGACCAGCUUGAUGAAAAGAUUAACUCGAUUCUCAACUCGUUGCCCGGUCAUAUCCACUUGGUUGACUCCAACCACGAAGCAGACGCAUCCUCGUCAUCCUCAUCGUUGGACCGACGAACGCGGUACAGAUCCGAAUCCCCCACUGGUCCAACACGCAGCAACACUCCCGCACCUUCUUUGACCUUGAUGCCCGCUUCCCGGAGACGACACUCUCAUGCCUACAAGACAGAGGACAGCUGUGUCAAACUCUAUCACCUCCAUCACGGGGGCCAGUCCGCUCCGACAAAACUCUUCGUUCGCACCGUUGGAGAAGAGGGACAGCGAGUGAUGGUUCGCGUUGGCGGUGGAUGGGCCGACCUCGGCGAAUACCUCCGCGAAUAUGUCAUUCAUCAUGGUCGCCGCAAAGUGUCUGAAACCCCCCGUGUGGAGGUUCAGGGUAUAAAAACACGUUCAUCACCGUCUUACGCUUCUCCGGGUGCCAUGUUGACCCCAUCUACCUCACAUCUUGCCUCCGGCCGGGCUACCCCCUCCCGACCACCAUCCGUGCUCAGUGCCCGCCCACCCUCAUCCCUUACCGUUCACAAGAAACGCCGAGCCUCAACCGCAUCUGAUGUAAUGGGCACCAGAGCAGUGACAACAGGUCACCUAUCCUCUUUCACCUCACCUCCGCCUACCGUCGCCCCUCUCCCUUCCUCGACCGGCAGACGCCUUUCAGUGUCUUCGGGCUAUUCAGUCGGCGACGCACACUCCCCCAACAACAAUGCUACUACCUCUACGGCCAACGAAUCCCGCUCCACGCCACUUGGUUUAGCUGGUCCCAAACCACGUGCUCGGUACGAAUCCAUGAGCCCAGAGGGUGAAGCCUGGGUUGCAGAUGUUCUUCAAAAGACCCGCCGCUCUAGCUCCCACAACCCACCCCAAUUUGCACUCAGCAUGCCGCCCAACCACGAUGCCGACGACCGAUUUGAGAUCGGCGAUGGCAGCGUGAUUGCACACUCCUUGCCUAAAGUCCGCAGCAUUGGCGAUAUCGGAUCUAUCGGCACAAGCAGGCGAGUCGUGCUGAAAGGUCUUGGGUCUCGCAGGCCGUGA